CCAAACCUCUCGCCCUGAUUUCUUAAAUACCCCGGGCCCCAGAAAUGACCCACCUCCUAACCCCUUAAUUUCUGGUGCCUCCCAAAUCUUCAAUCUCUCCCUGUCCCGAUGUGGCAAUUGAGGCUUCCCGGGGGCACCUGCCUCACAUUACCUGAGAAAUAGUCAGAUUCGUCUUGACAGUGACGGACAGGGGGAUCUGGGAUUGGGGAAUCCUUGAUUCUAUCAUGUCGCUCCCCAGGAGACGUUCGGAACCCAGGACAUGUCGGGAUUGAGGCGAUACGAGGUGGCGCUGGAGGCGGAGGAGGAGAUCUACUGGGGCUGUUUCUACUUUUUCCCCUGGCUGCGCAUGUGGCGGAGGGAGCGGAGCUCGGCGCACCCCCGGGAGCAGAAGCUGGAGCCUCUGCGGGGCCUGAUGAGCUGUCUGUCCAGCGGCCUGGGCCCUGCCCCCCCGCGCUCGGGUCGCGGCCUCCCCUGCCGCACGCCCGCUGCAGCUGCCCAGCCAGCCGCUCUCUGCCCAGGGCUUAGGAACCAUGGAAAUGGCAGUCCUGGAAGAGGAAGGGGUCUGUGGCAACAGGCCAAGAGUGUCACAGGAUACAAUACAUCUCCACCUGCCUCUGACUCACCUGAUGCCCCAGGUAACAGGCACACAUAUAAAAGGGGAGGAGGAAGAGAGAGAAGAGAAACUAGGCUGAGAAGCAUGAAGUGGCCCUCCUCUAACAGCAGCCUCCUGCUGCUAUUGCUGCUCCUGAGCCCAGACCGUGAAGCAGCAUUGCCAAUGCCACCCAGCACUACCUGCUGUACUCAGCUCUACCGACAGCACCUCUCAAACAAGCUGCUGAGGAAGGUCAUCCGGGUGGAACUGCAGGAGGCUGAUGGAGACUGUCACCUCCAGGCUUAUGUGCUUCACCUGGCUCGACGCAGCGUCUGCAUCCAUCCCCAGAACCACAGCCUGGCUCGAUGGAUUGAGCACCAAGGGAAAAGGCUCCAGGGGACUCUCCCCAACCUGAAUUUUGGGCUGCUGGGGAAAAUGACCUGGCACCCCCAACAGCCAAAAUAAUAAAGCAGCAUUGGACAAUAA